AUGGCUACUAUUGAAUGGGAUGAAAAAUUACAUGGUUUUCCUGCUUAUGCAAAAUAUAAUGAAUUCAAUAGUAAGGAUGUUAUGCAUGAAUCGAAUGAAUUCUGUGAAAAAAAAUGGAUUCAGGAUGAGAAAGCUAAAAAAUUCUGUAGACAAGCAGUAUCAAUUUUAAGAGGCAUACAUGAAAAUUACAAUUACAGAAACCGUAAUGAUGAAUGCGUUUAUUUCCAACAUUGGUUCAGUGAUCAGGUUAGGAGAUAUUAUAGUAACAAUGAUAAGUAUUUUAGUAAUUAUGAUCUUUCUAAUUAUCUUUUUGAUGCAAUAAACAAUUUUAAUUAUUAUAAUAUGACAGAUAAAAAUUAUAGAUGCUAUGCUUCCCGUAAUGCGAGAAGUGUUAAGGUCGAGAAAGAUUUACACGAUUAUUUCAGAAAUUUUAAAAAUAUUAAUUGUAAAAACGUAAGUAAGGAAAAAUGUAGUAUGUAUUAUGAUUAUGUGAAGUAUAUUAAUGAUAUAUAUAAACAACGUAUAAAAAUAACAUGUGUUGUUACUCAUUUG